AUGAAGCAUGAGUACCGAGUACGACUCGGAUGCCAAUUUUUAGCAAGUCGCCGAGGAAGCGGUGGACAUAAGCUCGCUGAGGUGUCGGCGAUGGACCACAUGCAGGCUGCAGUCAAUGAAGCAUGCGCAGGAGUGCAGGCUGGGGAUGGCGGUCCCUUCGGAGCGGUCGUAGUUAGACAAGGAAAGAUUGUAGCGACUGGGCAUAAUAUGGUGCUGGUUACGAAAGAUCCAACUAUGCACGCUGAAAUAACGGCCAUCAGGAAUGCAUGCAAGGCACUGAGUGAGUCAGGAUUCAUUGCGAAAGGUUUUGUUCAUACUCCACGAUUUCGGAGAUCAGGAGAGGAUAGUGGACAAAAUAUCUAUUGA